UCAUGUUUUGAAUUAACACCCCUUGUUCUUUCCAUCUUUAACAUGUUUGAUUCUAAAGACAACGAGCGCGAUGAGAGCCCUCUUUUGGGAAGCUCAACCUUUUAUUACGAAGAUAAAAGUCCCAAACGUUUAUCUAAUAUGGAACAAGUAAAAACUGAUCUGACUACCGUAACCACUAUUGCGAGGGACAAUUUAUUUAAAGUAGUUGAACGCGGAGAACAACUUAUUGAUUUAGAAACCCGCUCUGAAAAUUUAAGUGCUGGAGCUGAUUUAUUUAAUACAAGAGCUCGAGGAGUUAAAAGAAAUAUGUGGUGGAACAACAAGAAGGGAAUAAUGAUAUUUAGUGGAAUCUUUCUUUUAAUUGUGGUUAUCGUCGUCUUCAGUCAAGCUUUAUCAGGCGAAAAAAACAUUUUAAUUCCUACAGAUUCCAUCACCAACUAA